UCGCUAGGAUGCAUACCAUAUAGUCCGAUAUAGGGGUAUGAGCGAUGUGCUCGCAUGGAACGACGUCAUCUUUCCCUUUCUAAAAACGGUAAAGUUGGAUUCGAUUAGGCAUUUUAAUGGGAUAAAGAUCGACCGCCAACUCAUCACAACAUUGUUGGAGAGGUGGCGGAAGGAGACACAUUGCUUCAACUUUCUUAAAGCCGAGAUGAUGAUAACACUGAAGGAUAUCGCCAUCCUGACUAAUUUGCCCAUCAAUGGCGAUGUUGUGUGUACGGACUUUCAUGCACCAGAUAAAGUUGGAAAUAUGAGCGGUUGGCAGCAUUUGAUAUGGACAGCCACGAGGUUGACAGUGCCAGAAAAGGGAGAACAUGAUGAGGAGGGUCAUCCACCAUAUACCAAGGGCCAAUGUUCCAUCACUUGGUUGAUAGCGGCGAUCAAGCGUAAGCACAACCCUGAUGAUGAAAGCAUUCCCCUCACGGCGGAAAGUUUAAACGUGGACAAGGAAAUUUAUGCACGUGUCUACCUCAUUGGCAUGAUCAGUGGAGUUUUCUUCCCCAAAAAAAAUCCAACAACUUAAUCAUCAAUGGAUGGUUGAAGAUCAUCCUUGGAGAUUGGGAUUCUAUGGGGAACCUGACCUGGACAUCCGCUUGCCUAGCUAAUAUCUACUGCUCCCUCUGUAAUACAAGUGGGAAAGGGGUGAGUGAUAUUGAUGGGGUGGUGUUCAUCGUCCAAUUUUGAGCUUGGGAGCAUCUGCAAUGGAUUGCGCCGGUCGAAAAACCCGACAAGGAAUGGGAACUCGACCAUCCCCUAAGACUCGAAGCUUAUUGUAAAACCUUAGGCAAAUCCCACAUCGACAAAGCACAGGAGAGAUCCAUGGUUCAUAAGUAGAAAACCGGCUUUAGCUGACAAGACGCGUUUUGGGGUGAAACGGAGGAGUUCUUGUGAGAACUCCGAAGUUAAACGUGCUCAGUGUGGAGUACAACAAGGAUGGGUGACCUUGUGAGAAGUCACCUUGAAUUUCACCCCAAUUUGAAAACCGUGAGGGUUUGCGCCCAAAGCGGACAAUAUCUUCGUCGGGAAAAGGUUCCAGAUGUUACAAGUGGUAUCAGAGCCUCUUCGCGUCCCUCUUGAACGAUGGCGGGGCAAACCUCAACGAGGGUGUUGAGUCCCAAGGGGGUGGGGUGUAUUAACACCUUAGGCGAAUCGCAUAACGGCAAAGCACGGGAGAGAUCCCUGGCUCAUAAGUAGGAAACCAGCCUUAACUGACAAGAUGCAUUUUGGGGGUGAAACGGAGGAGUUCUUGUGAGAACUCCGAAGUUAAACGUGCUCAGCGUGGAGUACAACAAGAAUGGGUGACCUUAUGGGAAGUCACCUUGAAUUGUUCCCCAAGUUGAAAACCGUGAGGGUGUGGGCCCAUAGCGGACAAUAUCUUCGUCGAGAAAAGGUUUGGGAUAUUACACUUAUGGUUGUAGGUAAACUUCUCUGAUCCCACUCAUAUCUCCACUCCUUUUUUUUACUACUUCAUUAUUUUGUAGUUGAAUUGUUAGUAUGUUUUAACAUUGAAUAAUUUGAUCCAUGAAUAAGGUGGCUUGGUCAAACAACAAGCGACAACCUUGUUGAGCACAAACUAGAAGAGUAUCGUAGGAGGAUGGAUCAUCUUUGGGAAGCAGAGGUAAUAAUCAUACUACUUCUACUUUCUUUGAUAUUUUCGAAUUUGUUUAAUAUUUUUAUUAAUGGUUCAAUUUGGUAUCCAUCAUGGUAGGUCGUUUUCGACCCGUAUCUGGAUAACGUCAUUCACCAUCACUUCCACAAAUUCCCGUUGCAUCCACAUCAAUGGUCCACGCGAGUCCCACUCAUCUGUCACCAUAUAUUGGAGUGGUACUUGCCGAAUCGAUGCUUACGGCCAUUCGGACGUGAGCAAUGCAUGCCCAUUGAGGUCCCUGCUAGUCAAAGGGCUUACCACGGGAAAGAUGGUCGCCAAGGGGCUACUAAUUGGACGCAUGAGCUGAGGGACUACAUCAAGAUUUGGAAUAGUACUAGGCAAGAUGAAGAUAUUGUCACUCCAACUAUGGUGGGGCGGAUGGGAUAUCAUGACCCAUACUUGGAAACAUACCAAAGACAAUCUUUACGAUACAUGACGCUUGAUGGUGCGACGGACGGUGCUAUAUAUCAUUCCUUUAACUUAGUUACAUCAAUUCAUUUAUUUAACUUUUGGUGUCAAAUUGGUAGGCUAUAUAUAAUUACUUUAAGAUGACUAAAUUUGUUAAUUGUUU